AUGCCUCCUGGGGAGGACAAGCUGGCCCCCUCCACCUCUCGCUCGGCACGCUUCACGCCGCUCCUGCCCAACACCCAUAUCCGCGCGGCGGCGACGCAGAUGGUCCUUGCCCAGCAACUCUCGCAGGAUUUUAUCACCCCGGAGGUCGCGGAGCUCGAGGCAUGGGCAAGCAAGGGCGUGCCAUUGACUCGAACUAGCUCGAAUACAGGUAGCAGCCCAGGACAAAGUAUACUAUACUAUUUCUUGUAUAUAAACUCUUCCACCAUCACCCAUAUCUGUGAUUAA